AAAUCUCCCGCCUUAGCGAAGGGUUGAGUCUUGGUUCUAAAAGGAAGAGAUCCCUGCACUUUUAGGGGAGUUGGGGCUGCUGCAGGUAACAAAGAUGCAGUUUCCUGGACCAAAGAAAAAGAAACUGAUUCUGGCAGGGGAUCAGAGGGGUGCUUCCUAUCCUCAUAGUCUUCAGUUCUACCUACAACCUCCUUCUGAAAACAUAUCUUUGAUAGAGUUUGAAACUCUGGCUAUUGAAAGGCUUAAACUGCUUAAGAUAGUUGAAAAUCUUGGUGUGAGCUACUUGAAAGGGUCUGAGCAAUACCAGAGUAAGCUGGAGAGUGAGAUUCGAAGACUCAAAUUUUCCUACAGAGAAAAUUUAGAUGAUGAAUUCGAAGCACGAAGAAGGGAUCACAUAUCUCAUUUCAUCUUGCGUCUUGCUUAUUGCCAGUCAGAGGAUCUCAGACGCUGGCUUAUUCAACAAGAAAUGGACCUGUUUCGAUUUCGAUUCAGCAUUCUGCCUCCUGACAAGGUCCAGGGUUUCUUAAAGGAUAGUCAUCUGCAGUUUGAAACUAUUAGUAAAGAAGAAAAGCAGCUCCACUCUCAGGAUAUUCUUGAUUCAUCUGUGCCUUUAAGUGGAAACAAGUAUGAAUUAGAUGCUGUUUAUAAGGUUCCUUUUGCUGAUGCUUUGGAUUUGUUCCGAGGAAGGAAAGUCUAUUUGGAGCGUGGCUUUGCGUUUGUGCCACAUCAGGAUAUUGUGUCAAUCAUCUUGAAUGACUUUAGAGCCAAACUGUCCAAGGCUUUGGCAUUAACAGCAAGGUCACUUCCAUCUGUGCAGUCUGAUGAGCGACUACAGCCUCUUCUUAAUCACCUCAGUCAUUCCUAUGUUGGUCAAGAUUACAAUGCACAAGGAAAUAUGGGAAAAAUUUCACUGGAUCAGCUUGAUUCUCUUGCAAUGAAAUCAUUCCCUCUUUGUAUGCGUCAGUUGCAUAAAGCUUUGCGAGAACAUCAUCAUCUUCGGCAUGGUGGCCGAAUGCAAUAUGGUCUUUUCCUGAAGGGAAUUGGCUUAACAUUGGAGCAAGCUUUGCAGUUCUGGAAGCUAGAAUUUAUCAGAGGAAAAGUGGAUACAGACAAGUUUGACAAAGGCUAUGCUUACAACAUCCGCCAUAGCUAUGGUAAGGAAGGCAAGAGAACAGACUACACGCCUUUCAGCUGCAUGAAGAUUAUACUAACCAAUCCACCGAGCCAAGGGGAUUAUCACGGGUGCCCAUUCCGCCACAGUGAUCCCGAGCUGUUGAAGCAGAGGCUCCAGUCAUCCAAGAUCUCUCAAACCGGGAUAAACCAGAUUUUGGAUUACGUAAAAGGCACUCACUACCAGUUGGCCUGCCAGAAGUUCUUUGAUCUAACACAUAAUAUUGAAGAUGGUAUGUUUUCUUUGAAUCAUCCUAAUCAGUAUUUUUUGGAGAGCCAGAAGCUUCUCAGUGGUGGCCGAGAAGUCAGGAAGGAGCCUAGCCAGCCAGAAGUUCCUCAGGCCAAGCAGAGUGUCCAGAAAACUGCUAAUUCCACAUCUUCUCCCCCAGCAUCUUUAGAUUCUACACUGGAAAUGGAUAUGGAAGGGUUGGAGGGUUACUUCAGUGAAUAAUACUUGACUGUCUACCUUCUUUCUCAGCUUUCAGUUCUUCUUCCUAGGUUUUAGCAGUUCCCCCCUUCCUAACCUAAUUAGUAACAAGAAAGAGUCAUUUUCCAGGAUGGAUAUAGUUAUUUCAUUCAUUUUAUAACCUGAAAUUAGUAUCUUUUCAUUCCUCUUAGUUUAACCUAUUGCUUUGCCACUCCUUUUUCUCUCUACCAUCCUAAUGAAAAAUAAAUACUGAAAUGGAAAUGGAAA